AUGCUUAAACUGUCCAAGUUGUUCAACACCACCAACAGAAGCGAUGCGCCCGCCGCUCACAAGUAUAACCUGAGCAUCGAUUCGUCCCACAAUGGACUCCUCAGCAAUGCUGAUUCUCCUCGGUCGCGGCUCGGCCAUAGACGACAAUUGAGUCUUUCGAGAUUACGAUCAAGGAAAACUUUCUGUACGGCUACCGUCUUCGUAAUAUUGCUGCUGGUGUUCGCCUUGUCACCCGUGUCGGUCGAUCAGCUUCGCGACCCUUUUCCUAGCCAGGCUCCGAAAGAUUCGGUCGGAGAUGCUGGGGAAAUAUUCCUGGACAAUGAAGAUGAUGGUGGCAUAAUCCCUCUUGGUCAGUCGAGGGACCGAAAUGGCAGGGAAUUCUUCUGGUGGGAGCAAUUUCCUCUACUUCGUGGACUAUAUCACGGUCGACAGACUAUCGUCCCAUUAGCACGAUAUGUUCCCGAGCAACAAAGCGAACCAUCCGACCUCUUUGAAGUAAAAGUAACUGGCGAUUUGGAGCUCGUCGUUUCACCCUCAGCUCUUGGGGAAAAUCUACUUCCGUGUUAUAUUGACAGUGAAAACGAGAUACUGCCUCCAAAACUAUCGACCUACCUUGGAUUACCUCAAGGACUGUCCGAUCCAUUAUUCGGUUCGCAGGAAGAAAUUGGGUUCAACACUGAAGUUUGCUACGACAGAGUCAAUCGACUUGCUCCAUACGGUCACGGCGUUUCGGAAGAAAAGGGCGGUCUUGGUGUUGAAAUUGAAGGUGAUCAAGAGGGGAUUGAGAAGGUCACCCCAAUUGAUUGGCGCAAAAUCAAGUGGAACUCCGCCCAGCAGCAAUGCUUGAAGACAAACGCUGAGCAAAUGAAGUCACGAACAGCAUUUGUUAUCCGGACCUGGAGCUCCUUCAAGUACUCGAAAUACGAUAUUAUCAUGCUUCGAGCGAUUAUAAGCGAGCUUGCUCUAGCUACUGGAGGUGAGUAUACAGUACAUUUCCUCAUUCACGUUCAAGACGACUCGCUACCUAUAUGGGCCUCGAAAGAAGUUUAUGAUCGGGUAUUAGAAGAAAGCUUGCCAGAGGAGUUUCGCGGAAUGGGCACACUAUGGUCUGUGGCACAGAUGAAGCUGAUCUACCCACCACCAUUUCCCGAAAGUGUCAUCAAUUUCUCGGGAGGAGAUGUGUAUGAGGCUUAUCGUUCCUUGCAUUUCCCAUUCCAAUACUUCGCUUCGAAACAUACCGAGUAUGACUAUUUUUGGCAUUGGGAGAUGGACAUCAGAGUCACAGGGCAUUAUCACGAGCUCUUGGAUCAGAUUUCUGGAUGGGCCAACAAACAGCCCAAAGAAUACGCUUGGGAAAAGUCGGCUAAAUUCUUUAUUCCAUCCCAGUAUAAUGGUUCCUAUGAAGAAUAUGCCGCUUCCAUCGUCAAGGAGACUGAGGCCCUCGGCCAAACACCAAUUGAAGGGCCGCAAAUGGACGAGAAAGAACUUCUACCAAUACCGAAGCAACAAAUCCCCCCAGGGUUUGAGGAAAUCACAGAUCUUAUCACCUUCAAUCCUCUCUUCGAUCCAUCCCGUACCCAAUGGGCGUUCCAGGGGGAUAUCACUGGUUAUGAAGUGGGUGCCGAUGGUGAAGGCCGACCGCCAACUCGUGCAUCUCUCAUCACUGCAUCUCGCUUGUCCCGCCGUCUCCUGCUGCUGAUGCAUCAAGAGACAUACCUGAAUAAGCACACAAUGUUCCCUGAAAUGUAUCCAGCCUCGAUUGCUCUCCAGUAUGGUCUCAAGGCUGUCUACGCGCCCCUCCCAGUCUAUUUUGAUCGUGACUGGCCUAGUGAGCAUGCAAACGAAAUCUUCAAUAAUGCCCCGGUUGGUGAAGAGGGCAAGGCUGCUGGGAUGGACCACGGCAAUGGUCGCUUCCACGGUGAUGGAGGCAGUGUCUUUGGUCCGGGUGAACAUGUUUUCCGUGGUGGAAGCUACUACUCAAAUGCUCUCUUCUCCGGCUACUUGUGGAGAAGAUGGCUUGGACGAGAAAACAAGAACGAUGAAAUUGCGUGGGAAUUAGGCGAGGGGAGAGGUCGAAUGUGCUUGCCUAUGAUGAUAUUGCACCCGAUAAAGUACGAAUGA